CCCCGGGGGCGCCGGGCCGAGCGGGGCGGAGCGCUGCCGAGCAGAUUCCGAGAGUAGCCGAGCGGUGAGCGAGCGCUGCUGAGGGGCGCGCGAAAGUUGCCGAGCGCUACCCGAGCGUUGCCGGGCGUUGCCCGAGCGUUGCCGAGCGCUUCCCGAGCGUUGCCGAGCGCUUCCCGACCGUUGCCGAGCGCUUCCCGACCGUUGCCGAGCGCUUCCCGACCGUUGCCGAGCGCUGGCCGUCAGUAGGCCGAGCGUCCCCGAGGGUGCCCGAAUACUGCCCGAGAGUUGACGAGUGUGACCCGAGUAUUUCCGAGUGUUCCCGAGGGAUGACCGAGGCUUGCCGAACUCUGCCCGAGCGCUGCCGAGUCUCUCCGAGCGGCUGAGGGGAGCUGGGCCUGCAGCGGUGCUGGACGGAGAGUGGGGCCUGUGCGGGUGGUGUGCAUCAGGAUUAUCCAAGCCAUGAUUGAAGUGUUGGCCAAGCUGGGCCGUGGGCCCGUGUUCCUGGCAGGGGAGGUGCUGGAGUGUGUGAUCACCUUCACCAACCCCUUAUCAGCCUCAUCAACCUCUGCCAGCAGUGAGAUGCUGGCAUGGGCCAGCGCCCAGAUCCACUGCCAGUUUCAUGCCAGCGAGAACCGGGUGGCACUCCCUCCCUCUGAUGGCAGCAAGCAUGAUGUGCAGGCAGAGAAUGAGACCGUCUUUGUCCCCAACAGAGGAGAACGGGGUCAAUGUAUCCUGUCCACUCCCCCAAAGAUUCUCUUCUGUGACUUGCGACUGGAUCCUGGGGAGUCAAAGUCCUAUUCGUACUGUGAGACUCUACCUGUUGAUGGCCCCCCCUCUUUCCGUGGACAGUCUGUGAAGUACGUGUACAAGCUGACCAUCGGCUGUCAGCGGGUCAACUCCCCCAUCAAGCUCCUGCGUGUGCCCUUCCGUGUCCUUGUGUUGCAUGGUAAGACCACGCUCUGCCCUCCUGCACAGGCAGGCCAGGCUGCACUCUGCCCUGCUGAUACUCUCACCUUCUUCCCAGGGCUCAAGGAUUACCAGUUCCCGCAGGAUGAGGCUGUUGCACCUUCAAACCCCUUCCUGGAGGAGGAGGAGGGCUUGAAGAAAGACUCUCGCCUGGCAGACCUAGCGACAGAAUUGCUCAUGGUGGCCACCUCCCGACGCAGCCUGCAUCUGUAUAAYAUCAGCAACACUCGUGGGAAGGUGGGGACGUUCUGCAUCUUUAAGACUGUAUAUAAGAUCGGAGAGGAUGUCAUUGGGACCUUCAACUUCUCAGAAGGAGACAUCCCAUGUCUGCAGUUCUCGGUGAGCCUGCAGACAGAGGAGAGCAUCCAGGAGGAGUUCCAGCGCCGGCGGGGGCAGCCUGUCUCCUUCACCGUGCAUGCCCGCCAUCAGGAAUCCUGCCUGCACACAGCACAGAGCAGCUUCAGCCUGCCCAUCCCACUCAGCUCAACCCCAGGAUUCACCACCAACAUCGUGUCCCUGAAGUGGAGGCUGCACUUUGAGUUUGUGACCUCUGGAGAAUCUGCGGGGACUUGCUUGGUUCGUGGGAACCAGUCAGAGGCUGUCACCUGGACUGGGGUGGAGCAGAUGGAGGUGGACACCUUCAGCUGGGACUUGCCCAUCAAAGUUCUUCCCACUAACCCCAUCCUGGCUUCCUAUGUAUCUCAGUUCUCCAGCACUAACUCCAUCACCAUAUGAAGUAGGAAGAGGUGGUUGGCCUGCAGAGCAGCAAGCAUGUGCCACCCGUGGGAUUGGCAGGCAGGACUGUCACCAGUAUGCCGUGAGGCAUGCGUGCUAGUGUCCCCUUGGAUUUGUCUGUGAUGCCCAGGUGGGCACUGGGCAAGUCUGUCCUGUCCAUGGGUGGAAGGGCACUGUUCUUGAUACAGUGUCUCGUGCUGCAGCCCUCAGCUGGAGCUAGACCCUUCCUGCCUGGGUAAAGGUGCAAGUCCCAGCACUCAGCAAAAAGAAAUAGGCCUUCCCAGGGAAUGGCUGAUGUGCCUUUAUCCCAUGUGGGGCUCCCAAGAAGGAAAGGCCCAGCCCAGGGAGGGGAGAGGGCAGCUCUUCCAGUGAAGCUUCACAGCACCCUUGGGAGAAGGCCAUGGCCCUACAGAGAYCCUACAAGCAGAGGUCUGGCAUCCAGGUGAAGCAUACUGGCCACCUGGGCUGGGUGGGAGCCUGCCCUGGCACGUGUCUUGCCUCUUGGGGAGUUGUCCCACACACAGUCCCAUGCCUGAGCUACCCCCACCUGGAAGAGGCAGGUCCUGGCAGGCCAGCCCUGUGCUUYUGACAGGUGCUAGUGACCUGGAUGCAGGCCCAUGCUGUGUCAGUUCAAUCAUGAUUUAAAACUGAGCAGCACUGAGCCCCUGCGCUGUUGUCUGCCUGGGCUCCUGGACGUGAAGGCAUCCUGCUGGUCUUUGGAUCCUUGCGGGGCUGUAGGGAGUGCAUGCUGUGCAUUUAAGAGCUGGGAUGGAUGUCUCCCCUGCUCAACAGCCUGCUCCUCGUUUUUACCAAGCCUUCCAAUGAGCUUUCCUCUUUGCAUGGAAAUUUAAUAAAUAUCUGAAUGUU